CCCUCUGGCCCUUGUAGGUGCCGGCAGCUGGCUUGGCGCUCCUCUCAGCUGCCCACCAUGGACCAAGGGCUGCCCAGCACUGCGAGCCUGGUGCGCUUCUGCCAGAAGCUGAACCGGCUGAAGACAGUGGAGGAGACCACCAGGGAGACGUCGCUGCGGCGCCACCUGACCACGCUGCACCUGACCCUGCUGGGUGUGGGAGGCUUGGUGGGCUUUGAACUUUACGUGCUCACAGGCAUCAUGGCCAAUGAAAUGGCUGGCCCUGCGGUGAUUGUGUCCUUUGGUGUGGCCGCCGUGGCCUCCCUGCUGGCAGCCCUAUGCUACGCGGAGUUCGAGGCAUGUGUGCCCGGCAAGGGCUCUCCUUACCUGUCCACCUACGUGUGCAUGGGCGAGCUGUGGGCCUUCCUUGUUGGCUGGAACAUACUCCUCCGGGGCCUCAUUGUUGGUGCCUCAGGGGCCCGUGCCUGCAGUGGCUACCUGGAUGCCAUCUUCAGCUACCCCAUCCGCAGCUUCACCAUGGCCCAUGUGGGCAUCUGGCAGGUGCCCUUCCUGGCCCAGUACCCAGACUUCUUGGCUGCUGUAAUCGCACUUUUGGGCAGCAUAUUCAUCUGCUAUGGAGCCCGCCUCUCUUCCUGUCUCGACUACACCUCUUCUGCCAUCAACCUGGUCAUCAUCCUCUUCAUCAUCAUUGUGGGGUGUGUCCUGGUCCACCCGCAUAAUUGGACUGCUGAGGAGGGUGGCUUUGUGCCCUUUGGCUUCUCCGGCAUCAUGGCUGGGGCCGCAACUUGCUGCUAUGCCUGUGGCUUUGAAGAUAUUGCUGCCUCCAGCAAGGAGGCCCGGAACCCGAAGCAAGCUGUGCCUAUUGCCAUCACCAUCUCACUGGGCCUGGUGGCUGGCGCCUACAUCCUCGUCUCCACUGUGCUCACCCUCAUGGUGCCCUGGCACAGCCUGGACCCUGACUCGGCACUCUCUGAUGCCUUCUACCAGAGGGGAUAUAGCUGGGUGGGCUCCAUUGUGGCGGCUGGCUCCAUCUGCGCCAUGAUCACCGUCCUGCUCUUCGACCUCUUUUCUGUGCCACACAUCGUCUCUGCCAUGGCUGCUGAUGGGCUCUUCUUCCAGCUGUUUGCCCAGGAGCAGCCCUGGAUGCAGGCGUCCAUGGUGGGAUUUCUGGUGAUUGGGGGCCUGUUGACUUUAUUGGCGCUGCUGCUGGACCUCGAGGCACUGGUCCACUUCCUGUCCAUCAGCACACUCCUGGCCUAUAACUUCAUGGCCACCAGCAUUAUGCUACACUUCCAAAAGGCUCCUCCAACCAGUUCCCUGGGCCCAGUGAGCCCUGUGGGCACAGAGCAGGCCUCAGCCCCUGAGCCCGGGCAGCUGCGGCCAGCCCUGAGGCCCUACCUCAGCUUUCUGGGUGGGUGCAGGCCUGGAGCCACUGUGGCUUGGGCACUCGGUGUCCUGGUGGCCUCAGCCAUCACUCUGGACUGUGUGCUGGUCUUCGGGGACUCAGCCCUGCACCUCCCGCUCUGGGGCUACACCCUGCUGCUCCUGCUCAGCUCCAUCAUGUUUCUGCUCAGUCUCCUCGUCCUGAGGGCCCACCAGCAACAGCGCCGGCAGGACACCUUCCAGGUUCCCCUGGUGCCCCUGACUCCAGCCCUGAGCAUCCUCCUCAACAUCUUCCUCAUGCUGCACCUGAGCUACCUGACCUGGUUGGGCUUCUCCAUCUGUCUGCUGAUUGGACUCGCAGUGUAUUUUGGCUAAGGCAUCCGGCACAGCAAGAACCAGCGGGAACUGGACCAGGAGCCCGGACACAUGGAGCAGCCCACCAGUCCACGAGGACCGCUGAGGCCUGCUCACCCCUCCCCACUUCCUUAG